AUGUGGGGGGGAUGGUGUGUGGGUACCCAGAGGCCGGUUGUGGAGUCUGACCCCCCUGUGUCCCCCCCAGAACUGCCCCCCCGGGGGCCCAUGGAGCUGCCCCUCUCCGUGCUGGAAGUGGGCUGCGCCGGACGCUUCGAACUCAUCACCCGCCCGGAGGGGCCCGACGGGGACACGUUCCCCCUCUCCACGCUGCCCCACGGGCUGCCCCCCUACGCCAUGGACCUGGCCCCGGAGCUGGAGCGGCGCUUCCUGGCGAGCCCCGAAUGGCUGCCCCUCCACCACUUCGACAGGGCCCCCAGGGUCUGGCUGCGGGAGAAGGACGUCUGGUCGCUGUUGGAGAUGGACCCCACCCCUGUGCACUCCACGCUGCAGACGGAGCGGGACCCCACCACGGGGCGGAUCCUGGCCUUCAGAGAGGCACCCUUGGACAACAUGGGGCUGUCGGCGAAGAACUCGCUCUCCUUCCAGCGGGCGCCGGGGCCCCCUGCCCAGGCCCUGCGGGGCAGCAGCACCAACUACCCCUUCUGGCCAGGUGGGAUGGAUGAGCCCAGCAUGGAGCAGAUCAGCGCCAAAGGCCACCUGGAGGAGGAGAUUGACUUCGAGAGAGACUUGCUGACGGUGCCGCCGGGCUGGAAGAAGGGGGUGGAGUUCAAGCCGCAAGGUACCGACCCUCCGACUGGGGAGCCCUGGGGAGGGCCCCCGCCGCCCACCCAAGCCGUGCCCCCCCAGCCCCCCAAGGAGCAAUGGGCGAUUCCCGUCGACAUCUCCUCGCCUGUGGACGACUUCUACAAACGCAUCCCCGACCCGGCCUUCCGGUGGCCGUUCGAGCCGGACGUGUUCCAGAAACAGGCCAUCCUGCACCUGGAGAAGCACGACUCGGUCUUCGUGGCCGCACACACCUCGGCGGGGAAGACGGUGGUGGCCGAAUACGCCAUCGCCCUGGCCCAGAAGCACAUGACCAGGACCAUCUACACCUCCCCCAUCAAGGCUCUGUCCAACCAGAAGUUCCGAGAUUUCAAGAACACCUUUGGGGACGUGGGGCUGCUGACGGGGGACGUCCAGCUGCACCCCGAUGCCUCCUGCCUCAUCAUGACCACCGAGAUCCUGCGGUCCAUGCUGUAUAACGGCUCGGACGCGAUCCGGGAUCUGGAGUGGGUGAUCUUCGACGAGGUUCACUACAUCAACGACGCAGAGCGCGGCGUGGUGUGGGAGGAGGUGCUGAUCAUGCUGCCAGAGCACGUGAACAUCAUCCUGCUGAGCGCCACUGUCCCCAACACGCUGGAGUUCGCUGACUGGAUCGGCGCCCGGCCGGGGGUCUCCCCUUAUCCGCUGCCCCUGCCCCCCUUGCGCUGGGAUGGGCGCCUCCCUCUGUCCCCCUUCGCACCGGGCCAGGCGUCUCCCCUCACCCGCUGUCCCCCCAGGUACUACGCGGCGGUGGAGGCGAAGAAGGAGCGCUCCAGCAAACACGCCCAGACCUUUGGGGCCAAGCAGCCCACGCACACGGGCACCGGGCCGGGCCAGGAGAAGGGCGUGUGGCUCUCGCUGAUGGACAUGCUGCGGAAGCGGGACCAGCUGCCCGUGGUGGCCUUCACCUUCUCCCGCGCCCGCUGCGACGACAACGCCUCCGCGCUCACCACCCUCGACCUGACCACGAGCACCGAGAAGAGCCAGAUCCACCUCUUCUUCCAGAAGUGCCUGUCCCGCCUCAAGGGCUCCGACCGCCAGCUGCCCCAGGUGCUGCACAUGGUGGAGCUGCUGAAGCGGGGUAUCGGGGUGCACCACAGCGGGAUCCUGCCCAUCCUCAAGGAGGUCGUGGAGAUGCUCUUCAGCAAAGGGCUGGUCAAGCCCUUCGCUGAGAUCGCCCGGCUGACGGAGGUGCAGGAGGGGAUCAUCGUGCGCUGCAUCCAGCGGCUGGACGAGACCUGCCGGGACGUGCGCAACGCGGCCCGCGUCAUUGGGGAGCCCACGCUGUACGCCAAGAUGGAGCAGGCCUCCAACCUCAUCAAGAGAGACAUCGUCUUCACCGCCAGCCUCUACACGCAGUGACCCCACCCUGACCUGCGACCUUUAACCUCUGUGAGGUUAGCGGCCCCUGCCCGCUGCCCCUUUCCGCCCAGGGCAAAGUGAGAGCAUGUGGACUGUGAUUGGAUCACGCUGACAUUUCACCCCACUGUGUAAUGGGGGGCAGCCUCUGCCCUGUGACCUUUCACGUCUAGCCAUGGCAUCUGCCCUUUCACCCCAGCUGAUAGGCUGGGGGGUCUAGCUGUGACCUUCCACCCCAUGGCAGCUGGAGGUUGGAGUCUAACCUUUGCCCUGCAGCUCAGGGUCCCCCCAGCUCCCCUAGUGACUGACAAUGGA